AUGUACACAAAUCCUACGGGUUUGGGACUUGAGAUAGCGUAUUUCAACAUGUUACCUGGUCAAAAAGAAGAUCUCUCUAUCAAACCUCUGGAUGCACAUUCACUUUUGCCACCAGAAGCGAUUGAAGCCUGGUUCUACCUCUACAGAAUGACUGGUAGCCCCAGACGGUACCCGUCCAAGCAUGCCAAAAUAAGCAACUCGAUCAUGGUUCAUGUUAGAGCGCACAUGGUCCGACAUCAGGCAAUGUUCGCUGCUUAUGCGAUGAAAACUGCAAUUCGUUAUUUGGCUAUACGACUUCAAGGAGAGAUCACUCCAGGCGCUGGAGAAGUGAAAAUUUCGGAUUGUCAGAUACAGCAAUAUCGUUUGUUACCGCAACUGGCUCGUACUUUCGCUUUUCUUCUUACGGGACAAGCGGUGAAGAAUAUCUACGUGAGAGUACAGAGGGAAUGGCCAAGGGGAAGGUAA